UUACAGAUGAACGCAUUGCGGGCGUGUGCAAACAAUUUCAAAAACAAAAUCAGCAGAAGAAAUAAGUAUACACGACCAACCUAGAAAUAAUAUAAUGUGGCUCAAAUUUUUACUCUGUUUCUUUGCUGUUGUUUAUACCAUCGAAAAUGUAAACAAUUUAUUUAGAAAUGAAGGAUUUGAAAGAACUGCAUUACUUGACAGUUUGAAACAAGUAUCAUCUAAAGAAGAUAUCCAAAUCAUUAUGACUAAACUCCAUUUUAGAAAUUGUAGCAAAAACCAGUCGUACAUUUCAUGCAACUUGUGUUUCACAUCUGAUGAUCUUCUGUCGCUAUUUAAUAUAAGUUCACAAAAUAGUUUUAAUUCUGAUGAAAGUCUUAUGAUAUAUAGUGGCAUUCUUUAUUUAUUAACGGCAAAAAAUAUUGGUGUCGAGUGCAAAACAUAUUUAAACAUAUCUUCCGUUUAUAAAGAGUUCUUUAGGAAAUAUGACUUUUCAAUUAUUGGUGACAGAGUCGUUGAUAAAAUCAUGAGCGAUGUUAACGUAACGUUAGGAAAUUACUUAAACGGCAGUCAGUGUCUUGGUUCAGAAGAUAUUAUAAAAGCUGCUAAUAUAUCUUUGGACAAUAUUGAUGAAUAUGAAUUGCAGAUAGUCAGUGUUUUUAUUGUUCAAAACUUGUUAAACAACUGUAUUUCAAUUUCUGAUAAAAGUAAUACUGUACUGCUUCCACAUGGGAGUUAUUUUGUCGAAAAAAUAUUUGAAAAAUAUGGAAACGAAACUAAGAUGCAGCAGAAGAAUUUUAUUAAUCUUUUGAAAAAAUUAAACAUUGGUUUUUCUUCAGCUCCAAAUGAAGUUGUCAAAAGAAAAAAAAGAUCAGUCUCAGAAGAUAAUCUCUUACGUAAAAGAAGAAAUAUCGAUCAAGCUUUUGAUAAGUGCUAUGCUGCAAAAGAUCUUUUUGAAAUAUUCAAUGUUGUUGAUAACUCUACUAUAGAUAGAGAUAAGUUUAAAGAUAUUUGUUCUGCCAUAGUCCAACAGAUUGACAGUGGAUACUGUUUACUAAAACCAGAACCAGAACCAGCUUCACAAGAAGGAAACAAUGGUGGCUGGAAACCAUGGAUUGCAACUAUCGUUGGCGUCACUGUUAUCAAUUUAUUUUCUUUUCUUGGUUUAAUUUGUUCACCUCUGAAUAAAAAAUGGUGGUUUCCUUCAUUUCUUUUGUUUAUUAUUAGUAUGGGUGUUGGAGUAUUGUCUGGUGAUGGAAUCCUUCAUAUGUUACCUGAAAUGUUAGAUUUGCAUGAUGGCAAUGGAAAGUUCUCUGCAGAAAGCUAUUUAUGGAAGUGUUGUUUAAUAUUAUUUGGAAUUUAUAUAUUCUUUGCGUUCGAAAUAAUAAUGCAAGCAUUUGGGGCUGGUCAUUCUCAUUCUCAUGGUGGUACUUCGACAAAUAAUGACUCGCAAAGAAUAAAAAAUGGAGACCUGGAGACAUCAACAUCUGAAAUUGAAUGCGGUGUAGAAUUGACGCAAAGUGAUAAUACGCUGCCUAAUCUUAAGUACUAUAACAACAGUGCAGUAAACUUAACACGUAAAGAAUCCUUCAAUAACAGUGUGAGAAGUUCGAUUGAUAAAAUAUCAACUAAUGCCAGUGAAGUAAGUUUAACGCAUAAAGAAGAAAGUGGUGUUGUUUUUAAACUUUCUAAAAAAAGUUUACCUAUAAAAGAGUUCAAGUCAAUUGUUUGGAUGAUAUUUGUUGGUGAUGGCAUACAUAAUUUUAUGGAUGGGGUUGCUUUAGGUGCAGCAUUUUCAGAUCCUCUUGGUAUAACUGGAGGUGUCAGCACAUCAAUUGCAAUUUUGCUACAUGAAAUACCCCACGAGUUGAGCGAUUUUGCUAUUUUGAUUACAGCCGGAUUAUCAAUAAAACAAGCUCUGGCUAUGCAUUUUAUUUCUUCAAUCACUGCAUAUGGUGGCGGUUUUUUAGGUGUUUCUCUUGGAACUGAUUGGAACGCUGGACCAUGGAUAUUCUCUAUUACUGCUGGUUUAUUUCUUUACGUUUCGCUUGUCGACAUGUUACCUCAAAUACUUCAUAACGAAUUAUUUAAAUCGAGACCAUUAUCUACGGCAAUCCUUGCUUUAUUUGGUAUGCUCUUUGGUUUUGGCAUUAUGUUUUGUUUGGCUGCGUUUGAAGAAUCUAUCAUCGAAGGCUUAUAAAAAUGCAACUAAAGACUCUUUAAUGAAGAUAUUUGCUGAAUCUUUUCCGCCUUAAACUUGUAAAAACAUCCACGUAUUAACUUUUCAUACGCUACUUUUCUACUACUGCUAAGCUCUUAAUGUGGAAUGGUCGUAAACGCGCUAUAACCUAACUUUUUUGCGGGUGUAGAUGGUGACCAUCCAUGAUAAUUUUUUUUCUACUAAAAAUUUGUUAUCUUUAGGAUAAAUAAAUAUGUGUUGUUGUUUAGAAUCCAUUAUUUAAAUAAAAAACUUGCCAUAAUGUACUUGUAUGUAAUAACGAGAUAUCUCACAAAAAACUGUAAUAUUUAUUUAAAGAAAAAUUUUUAACAAUAUUUUUAUCUCAAUUAUACACUCGUCAUAAAAUUUUAAAAUUUGUUUGAAAUUUUUAUUUGACUGUAAAUUAUAUAAUUGCAUAAAUAUUAUAUCAUUUUCACAAUAAUUUUAAUAAAAAUGUUAUUUUUUAAACAUAUAUUAAUUUUGUAUGACCAAAUGAAUUGGUUUAAGUAAAAAUAA